AUGCCACGAGAUACAACCCUGGGCUCUCCCGCUCAGCGUCUCCUAUCUAGGAGAACACGUACCCACCCUACCUGCCAGCCAGCAGCUGUUGGCGCCAUCGUCAAAGGACACUGUAACAGUCUGGGCUCAGCUGUCAAAGAAACGGGAAAAAAGAACCACCCCUUCCACCAGGCUGGCUACGGGCCUGCGUAUUACCUGGCAUCUCGUUCUUUUGUUCUAUCCACCUUCCACCCAAGGCCCUCUAGCGCCCUCCAGAGGGCAAAACUUGGCUUGUUUCUGGGAAUUGUCCUGAGCUUCGGAUUCCACGGAACUCUGGGAAUAUGCAGUGUAAAAAGCUGCACCAACGACACGAGGUGUAUACUGUCUUAUGACCAGAGAAGUUGCAAAUGUGCCAGAGGGUUUUAUGGAGAUCUGUGUGAUAAAGAUGCAAAAAUUCAAGUAAUGUGCAGUCAAGAUUACAUAACCAUCAUGGUGGCUGAAGACUUCUUCCAAUAUUACAAUGUGCCAUUGGAGUCCAUACACUUGCCCAAUAAAUCUUGCCGGGCUCAGAGGGAAGUAGUUGAUGGGGUGCCAUACUACAUAGCCAGGAUAUCUGAAGCCCAGUAUCUACCCUGCGGAGGCAUGCCAUUGGCAAAAAACAUUACUCACAUCUCUUAUUCCCUGAGUCUUCUGUCAGCCCCUCAAACUUUGGGAAAUAUCAUACGAGAUCCAGUCGUAAAGAUAGCGUACACAUGUGUCUAUCCAUAUGUCCGCACAGUCAGCCUACCAUUCCCAGUCAUCCCCUUCUCAAGUGAGACAAUCAUGCAUGUAGAGGAACUUGAUGCCAAGGUACAGAUGAUGUUGUACAAAGAUCAAACCUACGCUGAGGCUUAUACCGUCGCCCCCACCAUUGAACUCAGAGAAAAGGUAUACGUUGAGGUGAAGGUGACAGAGCCUGAGGAUUUUUUUCUGCUUCAGGUGGAUGAGUGUUGGGCCACCCAGGACCCCCAGCCCCAUUCUACUCAGGGAUUAGUUCACACUCUGCUUCUUAAUGGAUGUGCAACUGAUGACACAAUUGCCUUCAUGGAUCAGAAUGCAGUGCUUGGCCAGGUGGGCAGUAACGGAGAAAGUUCGACUGUUCGCUACAGCUUCGACAUGUUUCGUUUCAUAGCAGAGCCUCAUGACCUGUACCUGCACUGCACCAUACGGCUCUGUGAGCCAGAUGACAGGAAACUCUGCGUACCUAACUGUAAAUCCAUCACCAAGCGAGAGACGGCAAGCGCACGCCCUUCUCAAGGCCUGUUGUCAUAUGGUCCCAUCAAGAUCGAUAUGCCGGACAAACCUCAUUCUAGUAUACUGUCAACAGUGGUGCUGCCUGUGGUGAGCAUCUGGGUUAUGGGCUUUUUCCUCAUUGCUCUCAUGACUGUUGCUAAAGCAGGCAAAAGGAGGCUAUCACAAAUGCAUCAACACUGA